AUGGGAGUGGAAACUCAGGAAAAAUUUAACAUCGACUUCAUUAAAAAAUUCAUUGGCCCAAAUAAUAAAGAGAAUACUAAACAGAAUACCAAAAAUAAUGAACAAAAUGGCCUAAUAAGUGGAGCUGAUGAUUUAAAAUUUGAUGACUUGAAGUUAGAUUACGAUUCUAAUGAUUUGUCAACCUUAGAAUCAAAGGUGGAUGUGUACCUCUCUAAAAUAAAAGAACUUGACACAUCCUUAAAUGAAGACGAUAAUAAAUACGAAGCCUUGAACGAAAAGGUUCGCGAAUUUGUAAGCAUAGAGAAGCUUCACAGAUGCGGGUCAGAUAACCGCCAUAUAUACUUUGCUGGAAUCCCAUUGUCUCAUAGUUUGGAGGUUUUAAAGGGUCUUAGGAUACAAAAGGAACAGCAGGAAAGGAUAAAUCAGUUGGAGUCUAAAGUUAAUGACUUGAACGAUGAGAUUACCGAGUUGAACGAAGAAAAGCAAUUACAUUUCUACAAAUUUGAAAAGUCUAUACACAAAGCACUCAACAUGGGUCUAGCCAUACAGAACAUGCUCCUUUUCUUUGACCGCUAUGAUAAAGUGAGGAUGAAAAUAUUCAUCUUGAAACUAAGGGCCGGAAACUACCAAUCAAUUAAGUUGAACUUGAGGAGGCUGGAGAAGUAUAAAAUAACGGCGUUUACAAAUUCAAUAAAUAAAAUAAUGAAAUUUAAAUUAAAAUAUUACAUAAAUCUUUUAAAGGCAAAAGAGCCCUUUGAAAAACCGAAAUAUAAAUUUGAGCCAGCAAAGCUUAAGAAAACUCCAAGAGUUAAAACUCCUAAAGUGGACCCCGAUGUAAACGUCGGUGUGGAUGUCGAAACAAAUUUACUAAAUCGCCUGGAAAAGUUGCUUGUACAGGAAAUUAACACCCUAAUGUGA